UUUCACAAUUAAUAUGACCGAAGAUGGAGUUUACUGAGAGUCGAGUUGUAACAUUUAUUCGAGCACUUCAUUGGUCAAGAUUACGAAUCGUACUCGCCUUUCUUUUGUUCUCUUUGUUCGUUCUUCAAGUCACGUGUACUGCUUCAAAUGUCUGGUUGAAACAACAUGAUGUGCACACUCAAGGAAUAUGGAAAGUUUGUACGCAAACAAAAUAUGGCAUGAAAUGUAGUGAUUAUGUCGUAGUGCCUGGUUAUUUUACUCCCAUUCGUGUAUUGAUGAUAAUUUCAAUAUUUAUGAAUGUGUUUACGUGGGCAUAUUUCGUGUAUAUGCUAAGACACAAAGACAAUCCAGCGUUUAUAAUCACAAUUCUGCAGGCUACUACAGGUGCUUUAAUAAUUUGUGGGCUUGGAUUAUUUGCUGACAAAAAUAUCAAAGUAGUUUCCUCUUCCGAUAUGUCGUUUGGAUGGAGUUAUAUAGUUGGAUGGUGUACAGUGUAUAUUAUCGGCAUUGUGGCGAUCCUUGCGUUGUUUGAUGGUCGAAAGAAAAAGUCCCCGUCCUCAAGCCGAACCUCAUCCUUCCAAUAAAUGUAAAACAAACUCGGACAGAGUUGGUACAUGUUUAUAAAUGAAAUUUUACUAGCAGAAGAUUUUUAAUACUUUUAAAUGUGAUGGAACACUAGAUGCACGCUAUGACAGACGACACAAUGAGGUUGGAUGUUAGAUAAUUUGUACAUAAAAUAUUAUAUGACAGAACAAAUUCGAUAUUUUGUGUAGUUUCGUAAACGUAAUAUAUUAUGCAUAUAUAAGUAAACAAAGACGUCCUGAGGGAUGUAAUAAAA